GUUUCCUAUUUUGAGAUUUACUUGGACAAAAUAAGGGACUUAUUGGAUGUUUCAAAAACGAAUCUUGCAGUGCAUGAAGACAAGAACAGAGUCCCAUACGUCAAGGGCUGCACAGAGAGAUUUGUAUCUAGUCCUGAAGAAGUUAUGGAUGUGAUUGAUGAAGGGAAAACAAACCGUCAUGUAGCUGUUACCAACAUGAAUGAACACAGUUCUAGAAGUCACAGUAUCUUCCUAAUUAAUAUCAAACAAGAGAAUGUGGAAACUGAAAAAAAACUAAGCGGGAAGCUUUAUCUGGUAGAUCUUGCUGGGAGUGAAAAGGUCAGCAAAACUGGAGCUGAGGGAUCUGUUCUUGAUGAAGCUAAAAACAUUAACAAGUCUUUGUCUGCACUGGGUAAUGUGAUUUCGGCAUUGGCGGAAGGAACUAAAACUCACGUCCCAUAUCGAGAUAGCAAAAUGACCCGAAUUCUCCAAGAUUCAUUAGGUGGUAACUGUAGAACCACCAUUGUCAUAUGUUGUUCCCCAUCCAUUUUCAAUGAAGCAGAAAGCAAAUCUACUCUAAUGUUUGGACAAAGGUGAGCAAGCAUAAAUGUCUUUUGAAAAAAAAAAAUGCCUUUUAUUACUCAUCUUUACUUUGUUACUGAAACAGGUUAAAAUCA